CUUCUAGGGCAUGACCCGCGCCCACAUCCUGCCAGGUUCCUCUCACCUCUGAUGACUCAGCCCCGGUGGUUUUCUCUGCUGGGAAUGCCCCUGCUCAGGGCCGAGGUGGAGUGGGGCCUUGCAGCCUGGACGGGAUUAGGACUCGCUCCCCCUCCAGCAUGAGGCUCCGCACUCGGGGCUCUAGGCACCUGCCCUACCUGCCCCUAAAGCCAAAUUAACACCCACUGCAGGGCUCCCAGGGGAGCUCUUGCUCUCUCCCCACCGCCUAUCCUGCGGCCUAUGGCUGUCUGUGUCCUUGUUUCCCACCCCAUUGGCCUCUGGACAUCUGAGAUUUGCAUCUCAGGCGCUAGCACAAGUCUUGGGACACCCCCGCUGCCCCCAGCAGGGACUGGGGAGUUCUUGUUGCACGGAACUCGGUCUGUCUGCUUCCUUCUCUGCAAAGCGGGAACAACACAGCCUCUGCCUGCCUCCAGCUGGUGGGGAAGCUGGAAGUGAGGCCGUGCCCCGCACGGUGGGGAGGGACGUGACCAUCACCGCUGCUGUCACCCCCCCCACCCUUGCCGGCACCGUCUUGUUGUUGUUAUUUGGUCAUUAGAGACAGACCUGGUUUUAGGGUGGUGUGAUGCGUUUUUAUGGGAGCUUAUCACCGUGCUAGAAACAUCCUAACAACAGUAAGUGACAGGAGGCCACACACGGGCCAUGACGCAGUGGCCGGGACCCCGGGAUCCUGUGCGGCCUGAGACCCAGGGCUUCGUCAAGACCACGGGGUGAGGGACUGUGAGCCUGGGCCUGGCCCCAGGCUGCCUUCCACCACCUCCAGCACGCUCUCCGUUCCGGGGGGGGGGGGAUGGAGAGGGGCCUUGGCGGGGCCAGGCUUUGCGCCCCCCCUUCCCAGGAUGUGGUCUCUUAGAUCUGCCUGACACACAGUUCCCACGUGAGCUCAUUUCGACAAAGGCUUCACAACUACCACAGCGGUCGACUGUGCCUCCAGAGAACCCGCCCGCCUCGGCCCCUAAGGGCCUGUUCCAAGGGGUCAUGCAGAAAUACAAGAACUCCCAGCUGGCGCCUGUGGACCCCGUGCUGAAGGCCAUCAAGGAAGGGGACGAAGAGGCCUUGAAGGCUAUGAUCAAGGCGGGGAAGAAUCUCGCAGAGCCCAACAAGGAGGGCUGGCUGCCACUGCACGAGGCGGCCUAUUACGGCCAGCUGAGCUGCCUGAAGGCGCUGCAGCAAGCAUACCCAGGAGUCAUCGACCAGCGCACCUUGCAGGAGGAAACGGCCCUUUACCUGGCGACGUGCAGGGGACACCUGGACUGCCUCCGAUCUCUGCUCCAGGCUGGGGCUGAGCCUGACAUCUCCAACAAGUCCCGAGAGACACCGCUCUACAAAGCCUGUGAGCACAAGAACGUGGAGGCGGUGCGGAUCCUGGUGCAGCACCACGCGGACACCAACCACCGCUGUAACCGAGGCUGGACAGCACUGCAUGAGUCUGUUUCUCGCAACGACCUGGAGGUCAUGGAGAUCCUGGUGAGCAGAGGCGCCAAGGUGGAAUCCAAGAAUGCCUACGGCAUCACCCCCUUGUUCGUGGCGGCCCAGAGUGGGCAGCUGGAGGCCCUGAGGUUCCUGGCCAAGUACGGUGCCGACAUCAACACGCAGGCCAGUGACAACGCGUCCGCCCUCUACGAGGCUUGCAAGAAUGAGCACGAGGAUGUGGUAGAGUUUCUGCUCUCGCAAGGUGCCGACGCCAACAAGGCCAACAAGGAUGGCAUGCUCCCGCUGCACAUCGCCUCCAAGAAGGGCAACUACAGGAUCGUGCAGAUGCUGCUGCCCGUGACCAGCCGCACGCGCGUGCGCCGUAGCGGCAUCAGCCCGCUGCACCUGGCCGCCGAGCGCAACCACGACGGGGUGCUCGAGGCGCUGCUGGGCGCGCGCUUCGACGUGAACGCGCCGCUGGCGCCCGAGCGCGCGCGCCUCUACGAGGACCGCCGCAGCUCGGCCCUCUACUUCGCCGUGGUCAACAACAACGUGUACGCCACCGAGCUGCUGCUGCUCGCCGGCGCCGACCCCAACCGCGACCUCAUCAGCCCCCUGCUCGUGGCCAUCCGCCACGGCUGCCUGCGCACCAUGCAGCUGCUGCUGGACCACGGCGCCGACAUCGACGCCUACAUCGCUACGCACCCCACCGCCUUCCCCGCCACCAUCAUGUUCGCCAUGAAGUACCUGUCGCUGCUCAAGUUCCUCAUGGACCUCGGCUGCGACGGCGAGCCCUGCUUCUCGUGCCUGUACGGCAACGGCCCGCACCCGCCCGCCCCGCCGCGCUCCAACCGGUUCAGCGACACGCCCGCCACCGACAAGGAGCCCGCCGUGGUCCAGUUCUGCGAGAUCCUGUCUGCCCCAGAGGUGAGCCGCUGGGCAGGGCCCAUCAUCGACAUCCUCCUGGACUACGUGGGCAACGUGCAGCUCUGCUCGCGGCUGAAGGAACACAUCGACAGCUUCGAGGACUGGGCUGUCAUCAAGGAGAAGGCAGAACUUCCCAGACCUCUGGCUCACCUGUGCCGGCUGCGCGUGAGAAAGGCCGUGGGGAAGCACCGCAUCAAGCUCCUGGACGCCCUGCCGCUCCCAGGCAGGCUGAUCAGGUACUUGAAGUACGAGAGCACCCAGUAACCAAGGCUGCAAGGAGGAGCGGCUCCUCAGACUGUUUCAUUAAAGCCUCAGGAUGGAGGCGGCGGCCCCAAGCCCCAGGGGAGGGGAGCUGGUGGUAGACGGAGGCUGUGGGCUGCCGGCCGCUCAGCUGGGGCAGCUGCUGCCAGGUCCUCGCCAGGUCUCUGGGCCCGAGCUUUGCCCAGACCAGAGAACAGAAUGUGUCAAGUAGAAGAAAAACCGUGUUUGUUUUCAAACUGCUGAGUAGACCCCGGACCUUCUCUGCCAUUGGGAAUGGUGGGGCCUCCAUCCCUGGGCCCGGGAGGGGCGUGCAGGGCAGAACUUGGGGUGGCCUGGGAGAAGGUGGGAGCCAGCAGGGAAGCCCCGGCCCCAACACUGGGCUGUGGCUGGAGCGCUUUCAGGGAUGAGUUUGCCUUUCCAAGACGACCUCCCCGCGGGGCUGUCCCCGUCCCCUCCCACUUUGCUCCGCAAAACUCUCCACUUGACUUCUGAGCUUUCUUCUUGGAGCUGUGGUCUGGUGGGGGUGGCUGGGAGGCCCACCUCAAGUACAAUAAAUGUUGCAGAGAU